UUCUAGUGCCUAAAACAGUACAUGCAGCUGGCAAUUCAAGAAGGUUGUGGCUCUCCUAUCACUUGUCCAGAUGUGGUGUGCUUGAACCAUGGGACCCUGCAAGAAGCAGAGAUUGCCUGUUUGGUACCUGUUGACCAGUUUCAGUUAUACAAGAGACUGAAAUUUGAACGAGAAGUGCAUCUGGACCCUCGGCGGACGUGGUGCCCUGCGGUGGACUGCCAAGCAGUGUGCUAUAUUUAACCGAGCGAGUCGGGGCAGCCGGUGCCGGUGGAGUGCCAGGCUUGCCGCCUCAAGUUCUGCUCCGCGUGCGAGGAGGCCUGGCACCCGGAGCGCCUCUGCCAGGGCAGCCCCACUGCUGUCAUAUCAACUGAGCAGGGGUCACUUAUCAAGACGGAAAUAGAGUCACCGAUAAAGCAGUGUCCUGUUUGUCGGAUCUAUAUUGAACGAAACGAAGGCUGCGCUCAGAUGAUGUGCAAGAACUGCAAGCACACCUUCUGCUGGUACUGUCUACAGAACUUGGAUAACGAUAUCUUCUUAAGACAUUACGACAAAGGCCCUUGCAGGAACAAGCUGGGCCACUCGCGCGCUUCAGUGAUGUGGAACAGAACGCAGGUUGUGGGGAUCCUCGUCGGGUUAGGUAUCAUAGCAUUGGUGACCUCUCCCUUGCUGCUCGUGGCGUCUCCAUGCAUCAUUUGCUGCAUUUGCAAAUCUUGCCGAAGCAAAAAGAAAAAACACAGCCCACCAACAACCUAAAACUCUGUGUCUGUUUGAGCCUUCAUCUGUACAGCAUAUGUAUGUGAGAAAGCACAAUGGUUGGAUUUUGGUGCCAUACCAAAUGUUACUUUUUUUUUUUUUUUGGCCAAUUCUUGAGAUAAGUGCCUAUUCUUGACAGGCUACUCUAUCACUAGCAAGUCCCUCUGUGGGAAAAGCCAAUGUAUUUGUGCAGGACAUCUGGUAUAUGUUUAUGCUUUUUAAAAAGAAAACAGGACACCAUUCAGUAGUUCAUACCUUAAAUAUGAGCCACUUUUUGAGACUGCUAGAAGUUUUAGAUCUUCCAUCAGCUGCACAUGAGUUGAUCCUGCAGUGUUACACCAUCUUUGCAGACACAGUCAUUACUGCUAUGCUUUCUCCUGAUCUUGGUGACACUCAGAUCCCUCAGA